GGUGCGAGCCAAAGACUUGAAGCCGUUGGCUAGUAGGCUUUCAGCCUCUCUAAUUCUCAGUGAAGAAGCGGACUGACAGCGCUGCAGCUUUGCCACCAGUGCUUGUGAUCGCUGGAAGCCCGGGAAACAUCCCGACUCACCCAGAAGCGGUUGCAGGGAAGCUAUCACCGUCGGAGCCAGAUGGACACAAGAUGACCGCUCGCGACCCGCUCGCACGUUCUUAUGGUAGGGAUAUGGCCGAUGUGAUUCGAAGCUUAGACGCUGCGUGUGCAGGCGGUCUCGCAGGCCCGAAGUCGUCGUUUGAGUGUGAGGAACGAAAGCCAACCUGGGGAAACAUGCUCGCCAAGCUCAAGGUCAGCUCUGACGACGCGGACGACAGUAGCAUGCCGCAGUCUAGCUCGAGGAGUGGCUUGCUUGCUCUGUUACCGGGCAAGAAGAGCGCACCCGCCUACUCGCUUCCGGCUGGGCAGGGUGGAGGCUCGCUCAGCCCGUGUAAGGCACAUGUUUUGCAGCACGAGAAACUGUCGGCGCUGUCCGAGUCGGAGACGCCACCUACCCAGAUUCAGCAUCUUGCUCUGCAGGCUCUGAACGCAGUUGCAAAUGGCGGGCAGAAGAAGGAGCCCAGACUCGACGUAAAAGCACACGUGAUGUCACCAUGUCAGCCAUCCGUUCUCUCAACAUGGCAAUGUGCGCACAUCGGAGACGAUGUGAUGGAGCGCGAUUAUGUUGUCGGCGAGCCUGCGGAAAGCCGAGCAAUGAGUCCUGCCAUUACUGGAGCACGGCUCUCGCCGCAUCCAGCGGUCAAUCCUAAAGCGUACUGGCACAGCAAUGGCGAGGAAGGGAACACCGACAGCACUCUUGUUGAGAUCGAAGACUUCAAAGAGAAGUAUGCGCCACCUUCGGUACCAAUGAUGUCAAGCGAAACCAACGAUCCAAGUCUUAGGCAUGCGACUUCGGAGAGUUCGAUACGAACAACAGCCACCACCAUCCAGAGAAUGGCGCCAGUUGUGCCGCCACCGAUUCAUCUGUCAAAAGUGCGUACGGUUAAUCCCGACUGCUCGCCGCUGACGUACGUUUCCAAGCCGAAAUGCUCGCCUGCGUAUCCAGCCUCGCCUGAUGAUCCCAACUGGCCAUUCGCGCUUGAGAGGGCCAAAGCGAGUGUGAAGGCGGACAGGAAGCAGACAGCUUGCCAAGGUCGAGCUCAGAAGCGUUUGCAGAAGCAAGUUCGCAAACCUGCUCGAGAGGGCAGGAUCGAGGAUGCGCGCCAGCUUGUUGCGAAGGGCAAUAAGUUUGGCUGGAUGCCUAAGAAGGAUUAUGCGGAGAUGACACUGGACAAGCUCGAGACGGUGGGUUGGGCAAUUGACGAAGAGAUGACGGAGCCUUCGAGCGGCAAGUUGAAGAAGCUCAUCAAGCAUACUGGCGCUGAUGUGGCGAUGGACCGUACUGCCAAACAAGCCUUCUUCCAGAAACGGAGGUUUCUCAUUCGUCCGGCUACAGAAGCGGUAGACUCAGAAGGUCAGAACGCGGAGAAACCAGAAGCUGUGGAUGAUCUUGCCGCUGCCAGAGAAAGUGAGCUUCGCAAGGCUAUGGAGGAGAGAGCUAAGACAGCGUCUGACGAGGUGGUCGAUUGCUUGUCAGAUAUCAUCGGGGACGAGGAAGUCAAUCAACGCUUGAUAGAGUCGCCACAACCUGACGGGCCGAGUGCGGAGUGGAACCGCAUGCUAGGCCGCGACUCGGACGGCGAAAGCACCGCCUACGCUUCGACUGCUGCGGAGAGGGAGAAGACGUAUCAGACACUCUGCGAACCCUCCGUGGGCGAUGAACAACCCAUUGGCCUUGGCAUCACCAACCUCGAUGGCAAUGACAACAGUGCACGGAGAGGCAAGGCUGCGCCUCUGAGCAUGCGUGCGCGCAUCUCAGCCGAAUACAGCCCUUCGGAAGUCUCAGACUUCAUGAGGGAUAUGAACGAAGAGAUGCGUCGGUCUAGAGAAGCAUCCUCCAUCUUCCCAUGCAGCGUAGAAGCUCCCGAAACGCCGGAACGGACGGUAUCGCCCUGUCCGACCCAGCCUUCAGUGCUGCAAGUGAAAUGCUCGCCGGACGGCAAGUUACUACGAGAUGGCAGCUUCGGACAAAAGAUAUUAGAAGCCAGCGACAAGCGAGCAUUGCAGCUUAAGCACGCUCAUCCCGCUAUGCGUGAUAAGACUAGCAUCAUAGGGGGAAACGGAGAAGACACAAUGCGAGUCCCUCUAAUUGCGCUGGAGGACGUCGACGAAGAAAGUAGCGUUACCGAGCUUAUUACGCCGAGCGGAGGGGACGAAACCAUUGACGGCGAGAAGAAUGGUUGUUUCAAGUCAGAGUGUGACAGCAAGCUGCAAGUCCAGAUACCGGAGGGAGUCAGCCACGGCAGUAAUCUUGAUUUGUUUUCGAUAUCGAGAUACGACGAUGAUCACAUAAGCUUGCUGCGCGUGAGCUUGCUACAAGAGGCCGAGCGAAUCGACCAUGAAGACAAGCGCGAAGCUCUGUAUCCACGACCUAUGCUUGAACACAUUCGACCAGUCUCCGCUUUCGACUUCGGUGACGAUGAAGAAGACGAGGAGCGAGCGGAGACAAUCUUGAUCAGCCAAAAACCAUCAUGCACAAGCGCCGUAGGCCGUCACUGUGUCGGGCAGGCAACGGCCUUGCCAGAGAUCACAGCCUAUACGAGCCGGCUGAGCGAUGUCUUUGGAAUCGGCUGCAUUGAACGGAACACCACAUCUAUGGUCAUUGGUUCGGAACGAGUGAAGAACGACGAGGAGAAGUUCAAGCUCGAGAACCUUACUAUGCAUACUACAAAAGGAUUGUACACUGACGAAGACGGUGUUGAGUGGAUUGACAAUCCAGAUUACAAGCCUGAGCCGACUGCAGGCACAGUCGAGCCAGGCGAGAAUGGCUUCGCCGAGCAGACGGCUCCCAAGCCAAGCGGCCAUCCAGCUACCCAUAUCGACAUAGACGACGUCCUCACGCAAUACCAGAACUGCUUGGCGCUCUCGCCAUCUCCGUCCGCAUCGACCUCAGGGAGCUCCGGCAGAGAUACAGUCGUCAAUCGCGAUAUGCAAGCCAUGCGCGAAGAUGUUGGUCUUUCCCCACUGAAAUUGCCGGCUCACGACUUCUCCUACAAACAUCCUUGUCACGCAUUCUUGUUGAAUACAGAAAAGGCCAUGUGUUUCGGCGCGCACGGCGCCCCUCUAACGGCGCUAACGCCUGUCCCAGACGAUGCCUUCGAGACACCGAGUCACGACAAGGCUGUCCGCACAAGCUACCGACACUUGGACGACAAGUACUUUCAGCCCUGCAGUACUCCUGCGGUUUCGAAGCCCCAAAUUUGCAGCCGCUGCGCCAAGCUCUGCUGCAUCUACGCUGAAAGCUUGUUACUCAGCUCGAUUCCCGGCCGCAACAGGUUACAUGAAGAAAUACGUGCGAAAGCGGAGGAGACGGCGGUGAAUUUGCGUAGCGUGUAUCCGCAGGGACUAGAAGUCUUUGACACGUUCUUGACUUGUGAAGAGUGCAGUCUGCUCGUGUGUCCGCAAUGCGCAGUUAUGUGCGAAGAACUGCUGUGCCGGCAGGUGAUGUGCAAGAAAUGCGGAAGCCAUGGAAGAUGCUCAUUGCACGAUUGAUGUAUGCGCCUAGUACGUAGUGUAGGCAGAGUCGGAUGUGGCCGGCACCACGCUUGGGACACAUCCUCUCCUUCUCACGUUGAAUG